GUCAUUUUCAUUUUGUCAACUGUCAAAUGGUCUUUUUGUCAUCAUAGGUUGAAAAAUCUAAAAAUACUAGAAAUUAACCAUCUUUCGUUGUACCAACAGGUUUUUAUCAACAAUAAUAGAGCUCUUGCAUCAUGUCGGAUAUAAAAAUAGUAGCAGCAAGUAUUGUGAACUUUUUAAAACGGCAGCUAGAAGGUGACUCGCUCAGCGUGGACUCGCGCGAGAGCGUCGAAGUCGGCGUGCAGUGCAUCGAGACCGCUUUUGAACUGGGCCCUGAGGAUGCCGCUCGUGGUGUCGAUCUGCUGCAGCUCGUUCGUGCACAGGUACGUCCUACAUCGCUCACUGCGCCGCCUUCACGCUCGGAGGCUGAGAAGCUGAAAAAUGAAGGUAACGAGUUUAUGAAGAGCGACCGCCAUAGAGAGGCAUUAGAGAAGUACACACGCGCCAUCGAACUCGACCCCACCAAUCCCGUUUACUUCUGUAACCGAGCUGCCGCUUAUUUCAAGCUCGGGGACUUCGAAGGAUCUGUGGCUGACUGCACAGCUGCGUUGGGCUUGCAACCGGACUACGGCAAGGCGCACAGUCGCCUCGGUCUAGCGCUCACGGCAUUGGAGCGGCACCGUGAAGCUCGUGCAGCAUACGCCCGUGCCGUGCAACUAGAACCUGAAAACGAAACAUAUCGCCAGAACCUGCAAGUCACGGAUGAGCUGUUGGCAUCGCACGGUGAGCGAGCACCCCUAGAUCUUGGUGGACUCCUUCAGAACCCAGCACUGUUAAAUAUGGCCACUGAAAUGCUGGCCGAUCCCAACAUGCAGAACCUUAUUUCUGGGCUCAUGAGUGGCGCGGGCGGAGCGGGUGCUGGCGGUGGACAGGCGGGCGGUGCGGGUGGGAUGUCGGCGCUGCUGGAGGCGGGCCAGGCUCUGGCGCAGCACAUGCAAGCUGCAAACCCGGAGCUGGUAGAGCAGCUGCGCCGCCAGGUGCGUCCGCCUGGUCCCAACCCACCGCAGUGAGGCUACGCUCUCUGCUCCUUGCAUGUUAUUCCUUGGGGGAAGAUUGUUUAAUCUUUUAAGAUGUAAUAUAAUUUUAUUUUAUUCCCGUUUAUUAAUUAUGGAAAUAAUUUCAUGGACUUUUAUGUUUACUAGAAGUGUCUACACUCUGCUGAACACUCACUCAUAACAAUUGAUUGGCUUGCAGGACCUACUUUGUGUGAGCUGCUCAUAAUUUUGAUAUGGUUUCUAGAUUGUGCACCAAUGCAGGCAGAUGCUCACACAUUGCAAUAUGCAUUUAUUCUUUGUGAAUGACCGCAAACACUAUUCAAGAUGGAACUUGUGUCAUUGAAUCCCUAGUUAGACUCAAAUUGUAUUAAGUGCAUCCUAUAGAGGAUAAAAUGCAUGGAGGCCAUGCUCAUUAUAUAAUGUAAAAUAAUAUGAAUAUGUGAGGAAUGUUAAAUGGGAGGAAAGCAUCAAGAGUUUAUCUCCAUUUAGUCCAAAUUAUUAUAAACUAAGGUUUCAAGAUUGGUAUUGUUAAUAAAUUUAUUUAAAUAAC